AUGGCAUUACUAGCAGAUCGCCGCCGCCUCACCGCGCCGCCCGGUGGGACUGCUCCGCCCGUCUUCGGCGUCCCUCCAGACACUCACAUCUCAAGACCAACACGAACAAGAAAAGCAGACGAGCACCGCAAAAUCUUCCUCCGGACAGGCGUCGUUCCGUCGGCCAGUGGGAGCGCAUACUACGAGAUUCAGCCUCAAUCUUCAACAUCUGGAGAUGAGACCUUUCUCAUGCCAUCCGCAUCAAACCUCAAAGUCUCAUGCACCGUCCACGGCCCUCGACCGUUACCCCGAAAUGCAGCCUUCUGUCCCAAUUUGCUACUCACGACGAAUGUCAAGUUUGCUCCCUUUGCUACGCGACAACGACGCGGCUACAUUCGCGACGCAACCGAGCGGGAUCUGAGUGUUCAUUUGGAGACUGCACUGCGAGGCGUGGUCAUCGGGGAAAGAUUCCCAAAGAGUGGCUGCGAGGUUGUCAUCACAGUCCUGGAAGGAGAGGAGCACGGCUGGUGGGGCGAAUCGCAGGAAUGUGGUGGAGGCAAUGCAGGCAGUGGUUGGGGAAUGAUGAGUGUGCUGGCUGGAUGCAUCACGGUGGCGAGCGCCGCACUCGCAGAUGCAGGCAUUGAUUGUGUGGAUUUGAUUUCAGGCGGUGUCGCAGCGCUGGUGGGAGAUGAUGUGGUUCUGGAUCCCUCGCCGCCUGAGCACAACCUCCGAGCUGCUUGUGUGAUUGGGUAUCUGCAAUCCAGGGACGAGAUCACGGAGAUGUGGAUGAAGGGCGAAUCUGGUUCGCAAACCGAGGCGCUGGUGGACGGUGCUGUGAGGGCUGCGGUUCUGACGAGGACCGUGCUUGCAGAAGCCGUAAAAGAGGCAACAGAAGCAAAGCUUGCCGUGCUACAGGAAGCAAAGAAUCAGGCGCCCACGCGUGGCAAAGCAAAUGAGAAGGAUGCAAUUAUGAUCGGUUGA